AGAAGUUUAGAUUCUUGAGGAUGUCUUUAUUCAUCAGCGGCCAACGAUUUAAGAUCUUGGGGUGGCUUCUUUUUCAAUCACUUUCGAGAUUUGUUGCAGCCCCUUUUCUUUUCUGAGUGGUGGCUUUGAUGUGUACUUCUUAAUUAAAAGAUACUAAUUUUAUUUUUGCCUAAUUAGCUCGAGCAUUCAGUAGCAAAUUCAGCCGCGCACAUGAACAUUAAAGUGCUGAAAUGACCAGCAGUCCUCGGAGUCAAUAGAUAGAAUCACGCCGCUGCAAUAGAUGGGGGAAAUAAUUAGUUUGUGCCAGUCUCUCAGCAAAUCUGGCACCGUGUUGAUGCAGUGCACUAGGCAAGCCAGGCGAUUGUGGUUUUCCUUGGGUGUCAGUAAUGCCUGCGGGAGGAUCUUUGCGACUCACACACUGGCGCGAAGUAAGCAAAGCAGAUUAACGAGGACGGGCGUUUAUCGAGUGCGGAAGUAUUCGCUCAACACCCUGAUCUCAAUUUUUCAGCUUGGCGUCGGAAGCUUUAGAAGAUCAGGGAGUGCGCACGCCGUGGACUUCCGUUCGUAUGUCUUACAGGUUCUUUGAUCGCUUUCCUUGAGUCCCCCUUUCACCUUCUCCUUCUUUAAAAAACUGGCACCAUCAAGCAGGCUUUUUGUCUUUCUUCGUGUAAAAUGUGUUUCGCCACCUCUCUCCUUCCAUCUAGCCACCUCUCCUGGGCGAAGAUGCAUCUUUCUCCUUCCAGUAAUCCGCAUCUCCAUGCACCGUGGCCAGCGCAGCUACAGUGGAUCUUCUCCAUUUCAGUAAUGCGACGCCACAUCUUCUCCAGUAGUCCGCACGCCCCUGCAACGUGACUGGCGCAGAUAGGGUCGAUGCUGGGGUUUCAAGGUUGUAGCUUAGGGCUGUUUUUUUGACCCGAUGUAUAGAAACUUCGCGUUUCCACAUCCAGUAUGCUCCCCGACCCUGCGUCCCGGUGCAGCCGAGACAUCAAGCCCGAAAACAUCUUGUACAAGAAGCUCGCUGAGGGGAAAACUCUUGCGGUAGUGGCCGACUUUGGGAUUGCGUGCAUUCUUAAAACGUUUGCGGGUAUGCCUAAUCAAGGCCAAGAGCGCCUGCUCGCUUGUUCUGACUCUCGGGAGGUAUUUGGUACAUAUAUUCAUUCAUUAGGUCGGAGGGUAUUCGGUACACGAAGAUACAUGUCGCCUGAUCACUAUAGGGGAGGCUUGCGACGAAAUCCUAAAGAAAUUUGUCCACGCCGCGGCGAUUUAUAUAGCUGGGGAAAGACAAUGAACAUCAAAGUGCAGUAGAAAUGACCAGCAGUCCUCGGAGUCAAUAGAUAGAAUCACGCCGCUGCAACUACGGACGGUAGCGAGGUGCAAGAUUUUUGCGGUUCUCGGAACGAUCUCUGCGUGUCUCGUUGCUGCUGCACCCGAGGAAAAUGGCAAUGGGCGCGCACGACGCGGAAAACAAUUUGCUGCUCACGGAAGUGGAAAACGCGACUGUCAAUGGUAUGCGAGAUGAAAGAAAAUGCACGACGACCGUUGGACUGGAUGAGUCCCAUUUCACCACUUCUUGUACCACGACACCUACUUUUCUUGCACCCACGAGCCGCGUCCCGACUUUGCCUUUGCUAGGUGGACAAGCACAAGUGGCAUCAAAGCAUGAGUUAGUACAACAAGAGGAUGAAAGUAGAAUUUUUUUGCAGCAACGAGCGACCAAGCUUGACGUCAUGCUGUUAAUAGAAAUCGUUGAACAGAGGUGGUACUUCUGCUGCGCCGCAGAUAAUAGCUGUGCGAACAAGGGGCAUGAAGAAGAAGAUAACCAAAACUCAACGCGUCGGGAUCAUUUUUCUUCUGUUCCAUACACAAGAAGGGUUACGUGCCCGACGAGCUUCGCACCCAGAUCUUCCGGAAGUUAAGGGCAAGACAAGAAAACCGCACCUGCUUCGACUGCCCGGCGAGAAAUCCGACCUGGCUCUCGCUCAGCCAUGGGUAAGGAGGACUAUUUGGUGCUUGCUACGUUCAAGAAAAUCUUCACAUCCCAUGCGCCGGCUUUUGAAGGUCAUGCAUGGCACUGUACUAUCGGCACAGGAGGAUAACUACAUCACCGAAAGUUUGAUGAUACGUAUGGUGAUAAUUUCUUUCCCGCUAUCAGGACUCGUUUCGUUUUUUUGGAGAUCAAUGUGACAAAUAUUACACGUGAAGGGCAGGAGCCAGUUCAUUGAGUUCAUGGAAAAAGACUGGAAUUUUGCUCACACCAGGUGCUACGUGUGCCUCGUCUGCUCUGGGGAGCACCGCCGCAUGGGGGUGCACAUAAGUUUUGUGCGGAGUGUUGAGCUGGACAGCUUCACCAAGGAGCAAUUGGUGCAGAUGAUUGUGGGCGGAAACGGAAUAUCCUGGACAAAAACUAGGAGUACCCACGCCAGAGUUGUGCUGGUCAUGCAGAUUUGCAUCUACAGGGACUGAACAUUUGUGAUGCGCUGCGUCCCCAUGUUUGAACGUUUUAGAAAAUGCGUAAUGCUGUAAAUAAGAUAAGCAGAUGGCUCCUUCGCAAUGCGCUUGCUCGUCAGUACUGCACGACGGACCGGAUCAUUUUGUCACGCGUGACUCCUCCGUCCCAAACCUCAUGAGGUUGUCUUGCAGAAAUCCCACUUUGACAAUAGGGUGGGUAAGCACGUUUUUACACCGGAUACGGAAAGGCGCGGAGCUAUCUAAAAUCCAUCGGCAUCGAGGGGAAGAGGAAAGAUGCCGAUGGCAGCGGCAGGAAGGUAUAGUUUUGGCACAACACCUAUGGUCAUUCGGUUUGCAAAAUUGUUCACUGAGAAAGUGUGUAACUUUUCUUGCUGCUCAUGGAUAAGAUAUUACUUCAAGAGGAUUCGGAGCUCAAGUCCUUCCAGCAAUUGUGAGUUUUAGUACACAUGAUCAAGAACACAACACAACACAGUGCGACUACUACGACAAAAGCACUCUGUAUCCGAGCAAGAAACCAACUGCGCGGGGGAGGUGUGUUGAACAACUUCUGCCGUAGAGAAUAGUAAGUAUGUAAGUUCUCGUACUCGUUCCAGAAAUGAAGAUGUACCUCCUGGUAGAAGUACUUCCAUGCGCUGAAUUUUUCUGUGUAGUAUCUAUCAGUACUGAAGCAGUGCUAUUGAGUCGUAAUCCGUCAUCAUGCUGGUCCAUAUUCGAAAGAAGCUAAGAGUCCGUGUGGUAGAAGGGUUUUGCAAAGGCAGAAGAAGUUCUUUCAGUGCACGACCUCUCUUUUUCCUUGCAUACCCGAAAGUAUCGCCAGCAGCUGGAAAAGGAAACGCACACGCAAUGCAAGGUGAGUGAAAUUAUAAUGUUGGUACUGUUUCACUUUCAGUUUCUGAACAAUCUAGUUUGAAGAUAUGAUCCUGGGAGGUUAACAUCAACGUGAGCCCAUAAAAAUUUUUACACUCAAUCACUCAAUACGCCCCUGCAGGCGCUGGGUAUACAAGUCGCUGCUGCAGCUGCGGUAUGAGAGUGCACAACUUCCCCUCCCCCUCAUUUGUCAUGCAAAAACGAAACUCCAGCUGCUGCGUCAGCACGCUAUCUUGCAUGACAAAGUGGGAAUGAACCCAUACAGUACUACAGUCUGCGCGAAUAUUCGUCGUGCAGAAGCUACAUUUGUUUCUGCCCUGAUCUCUGUUGCUGUUCAUCCCUUCCAACGAAAGGGAGGGAAAUUUGCUCACUUCCAUAUGCGGCGGCCGGCGGCCCCUCCCCACCCACCUCGAGCUUCGAGCCCGCGACAAGCUCCACGUUCCCGCAGCCCGGGCAACAGACACAGCCCCCACCAAUGAUCUCCACAGCGCUGACCGACUCCAGCACGAAGCCCCUCUCUAUCAAAAGGAAAAAUCCCCCCUCCCCAUGCUGAAAACGCAUCCUUCUGAAAAUUUGUCAUGCAGAUUUGUGAUCACAAAUCGGGUCUGUCUUGCAACAAGGCACACUCAGGCUGUCCGCCCCGUUAUGCAGGCGAUUUGUAAUGGUGUACGGCCUACAGGGUAGCCGUCUACCAUGCUAGGCGCCUACACCAAAAGGCCGCCUCCUAGGCUCAAGAUCUGCGUGCGUUCCUCUUCUGCGACACAAAUUUGAUUUGCGUAUCCAAACCCGGCAUCAGAAAUUUCGUUUUGAUAUGGGGAGGGGGGAGCUUUCCUUUGGAUACUCUCGGCGGAGAACACACCAACGGCCAACGAAUUGGCGAACGAGCUCUAUCCUGUGCAGAAAAAAUCUCGAAGAUGUCCCCAGCGCCCCAGCGUUGGCAUGCAGGUUUGAACGCUCAGCGCAUCUCCCGCACGCGCCUUCUGAAAUGCAGGGCGGCUUCUACUAGUAGUCGUUUGUGAAAAUACUCUUUGUCAUGGUCAAGAAUUAUACUACGACUAAUAUGUUGAGAAGGAGAGUUGUCAUUGGGUGAAGAGGACCGCAGAACAAAUCCUUCCAAAUCUUGUUCCAAGACUUGAGUACCUCACACGGGGUGGACCUCGAACUUGGCCAUCGGUUGUUCGUGCUGGAUUGUAGUAAGCACGCGUGUCGUUUUUGCACAGGAUAGGCCCUUCAAAGGCUUCAACAAACCUGCCGUGGGGAUAACGGAUAGCCAAAACGGCCCUCCGGGAGGUGGCACUGGCACAGCUGCCCAGGCUGCGCCGGUGUUGUCGACCAUGAGUCUCCCGCCCGGGAGAACCUCCUCCCACGUCAGCGACCACCAACCCACACUAGCGACGGAAACCACGCACUUCGCGGCCAGUGGCGGAGGCAAAAUCGCCACAGCGAAAGCAAUAUCAAUUGCAAGUAUGUCUGGAUGUCUGGAAGGUCGGAACUUGUGAUGCUGUCUUUGGACUCUAAAAAAAUCUGCAUUUUUGCAGGGCCAGCAAUAAGUGGAGUCCAGUUCUUUGUGCAACGCGGGGAGCGCAUUUCUCAUGCAGAAUGGGCAUCAGGAAGGGUUCUAAAAAUCUGUGAUGCUAGGGCAUAAAUCCCAGACAAUCAUGGGUCAUGCAAAAUAUGCAUGACAAGCCUGGGCUUGGCAAUCUUCCAGACGCAGACAUAUUUGCAAUGCAUAAGCAACGGAACUCGCGGACGAUUUCGACUUCGACUUUUUCGAACAGGUAGAAAAAUUAUAAAGUACAACUAUAAAAAAAGAAAAUAUGCUUCAGCUUCUGCCUGGCGGUCCAGUUGAUACGCCAGGGAUGUUGCUGUGUCAUGCGGUACUACGUAUCAAGAAUGGGUUGUGUAAGAUCAUCGUCCUGCGCUAACGAGCCCGUUAACGAACCCCCACCCCUUGGGAGAAAGACCAAUGAUAGUAAUGCACGCACAUCCACGAUUCCAUCGAGUUGAAAGAGAAGUUGAAUCGGAAACAGGAUAAUGCGUUAUACUGAUACUGAUACUGAUCAUCAUUAUGGCUGAUGAUUGAUUUUUGAUCACGAUUCGGAUUCCGAUUCCAGGCCAAGGAAAUGACAGAGCAACUAACUAAGUACCUUGCUCAUCUACGUCUUUAGUUUCCUUCUGGAUUCCUCAACUACAUUGUUACAGGAAGCGACAAAACCGAUAGAGACCAAAGUUUUGGACUCCAGGCCUGUCGAAGCCACAUAUGGACUGCCGGACUCCACGCCAGCGCUUAUGCACUGCAAAAAUCACUUACGAGACCAGCGCAAGAACUAUUUCUACACGCACGGAAGUAUCAAUGUGUAGUGCAAGACAAAAUUUUGCAUGAUACUUUGACAAAGCUAGUGCAGUCGCGUGAUUACGACAAAGUUAAUAACUCCACAAGAAUACUUGAUUGGAUAUAUUUAUGAUGGCGACAAUGACAACUUAGUUACUGGCACGGAUGACAGCAUUCUCGUAGAAUAAAGUACGCGCUCUCGAAGUCCGCGGGGCAAUUUUUGCAGGGCAUACGUCCCGUCCCAAUACAGGCUCAAACAGUGGCCGACCAGGAGAUAGUAUCCAGGGAAAAAAAGUGCGUCUAGUCGUGUAUGUAUACUUGUUUACAGCAGUUGCUGUACAGCUACAGCAUUACAAUUUUGUUCUGCGAAGAAAACUCCAGAUGACGAAUUCAAUCCGGGAAAGCAAAUCCAAGUGAACAGCUAGUGGGAGCGGCAUGAACAACAUACCGUGGCUACAAAGUACGUGGUGUCGCUGCGAAACUCGUACAUAUGUACCACUUCGAGGACGAGAAUUAUUUUAGCUUAUUGUAUUGAUUUAAGUGUCAUCUGGCAUCGUCGUGCAAAACAAACUGGUUACACAAGAACUGGCGCAAUUUCUUUUUUCUGCCGGAUACACGAGUAAGCCCCAGGUGUUUGGGUUCGGCGCGCCAGCUAUGGAAAGCAAGUAUCUCGUACUGUGGAUCUGAUCUGGAGUAGGCAGGCUUACUGCUCUGGCGCAUCAAAGUGCUGCAUGGAAUAAAUGGAAUAAAAUCUAACGAAACCGUGGAUGUCUCCUGCGUCACCACGACACUGCUACAAGUGGUAGCUGCACCACCUCCAACUACAGCGUUGAUCUGCUUGCAUCUUCCGUGCUCUAUUGCCAAUGUAAUGCAUCAAAGAGGUAUAAUUCGCACAGCGUGGUGCAAGAACUACCCAAGCUAUCUUAAAAAUCCCUUGCAAGAAACGCUCCAUACACUGUUGACGAAGUAUUUGCUGUGCAUAUCAACUGCAGCUGCGCCACCGGCACCAGUCGCUGUUUCCGCGCAACUCAGCCAGAAAAAGGGGUUCGGGUACUUACUUUUUUCCGUUGCUUUCUGUAAAUGUUGUUUGACUGUUGACGGCGCGAGGGACCAUGCAGAAAAACAUGAUAGAAUAAGUACCAAGAGUUAAGUACCUAUUGUUUUUAUUAUGUUCCUCGCGUGCUGGGGCAGAGACAAAGCAAAUUAAUAUCUACAAAAAAAUGAACAAACCACGCAACCCUCAGGUCCGACGACCUCUUUUCCAACGGCGCGGUCUCCAAUGGGGCUCCGCAGGCGAGUAUGCAUUGCAAAUAUGUCUGGGUCUUGAAGAUUUGGGGAGUUUGUCAUGCUAGUCUGGCACGCCUCCGCGCUCUGUAUUGCGUGGUCACGAAGAAUUCCUCCUGUCUGUAAUGCGGAAUAAACGCAGUUCUUUCUCAUGCAGAAUGCACAAUACAGAGCCACGAAAUCGAAAAUAAGAUCUGUAGUGCUUCGCGAUGCAUUACAGUGCGCUUUCAUCAUUCAUUGACAUGCAUCACAAGUUUCCAGUCGUAUUUGCAUUUGAUAGCGAGCGCCGACCCCUUCUUCCGAAACAAGACCGCGUUCGGAUCGGCGGCGCUCUUCGGGCAGGACGAGGCAGAGCCGCGGUCGCAUAUCCUGUGCAAAAGUAUCGUACUCGUACUAAUUGCUUUUAUGCAUUACAAAUCUUUGACUUAAGGCAAAGAAAUCCGCAUUACAAAUUCAAUUUGUAAUGCUGAGCUACUUUGUGUUGCAAUUUAUACUAGUGCGGUGCUUUUGCAGUGUAUAUCGCAAGGCAGCGACAAACUGGCGCAGUACAUGGACAAGGGACAGGAGAUGGCAAGGCAGGGCGCGGUAUCAAAUGUAAAAAUGUCUGGGUCGGGAAGAUUGCAACUUGUCGUGCUGUUUUUGGACUCUAAAAAAAUUUGUAUUGCCUGGCCAGCAAGAUGGGCACAGCUUUUGCUACACAGACAGGCCAUUUCUCAUGCGGAAGGUGCAUCAGGGAGCCCUCUAAAAAUCUGUGAUGCUAGUUCAAGCAUUACAGGUAUCAUGGGACAUGAGAAAUAUGCAUGACAAAUCUUGCAUUCUUCCAGACCCAGACACUUUUGCAUUUGAUACGCGGAAAAGAUGAAAGACAUGCUGUCGAACUACUUGAAGCGGUAAAAAACAUCAAGAUCUGAUGUUGAGCGCCUGUCGAGACGACAAAAAGUUCUGAUGAACACCUUCUCUAGUACUUACUUGAUGCGACUACUCCUUCCUCUGUUGCCCCCUCCUCUUACGGCAGGAAGCUUUGACUUUUAUAUAUCUUCUUUUACACAAUCACAACAUCUUUGUCCUCGACCUUUAGUUAGUAGCCGGCUCCAGUUCUUUCUCCUGAACAAAAAAUGUCAACGUCGACGGACUGAAUGUGAUGCAAAGUUGUUUUCUACCCUAAAUAAACAGGACUUGAUAUAAUUGUACAAGAAUGUAGCGGCGUUGGAAAUUUAGAUUGCCUGGUGCUGCUGUGUGCUAUGAAAAAAACAAGGUCACUUGGUCGUCACGUGGAGCUGCAGGUUACGUAGCCUGCCACUAUCCACAGCGACGUAUGAACAACCUCCUAGAUUACAACCUUCUGAAAGCAUUUUCUACACUUGCUUACUUUCGAAGAAGAUGAAAAAGCAGGAAGGCAAGAGCGACUCCAAUUGCUCUAUUUUUGUCUGCUGGAAGGAUGAAAUAAAUAUAAAAUACUACGAAGCGACCUCCUGUUUUUUGCCGGAUGAUUAUUCACGCCACACUUCUUGUCCACAGCAAAUCUUGUUUUCAACAGGAGAUCUUCCGAUUGCUUUUGUUCCUUGUACCCACUGUAUUUAUCACGCAAAUAUUAAAGCACAAUUGGCUUGCCUAGAAAAGCUUUUUCGUUGCAGCCCUCACUAUAAGAGAAGUUGUAAAGAGUAGUGGCUCUUUCUUUCUUGUAUUACACUUUGAAACUUGAAUAAUGUGAAUCUGUAUCUACUUUGCCUUUGGGCACCAUCAUCCCACCGCUGUCCAGUCGCAGCUGUGGUCAUCCGUGUUGGUCAUGAUCCGUGUGGGUACUACUAUGGAACGGUUCCUUGACCGACGUCGAGGUUUUUUCAUGUACAAAAAGUAUUCUUUAUGUCCGGGGGAAGAUAUUUAGAAGACAACAGAAGCAAACGACAAAAUUAGAAGGGACUAGUACAGGCAGUACACAACGAACAACAAGUAGAAUCUGUCCGCGCCAGAAGCAGAUAUUUGUUGAAAAACUACUAGGUAGCGCUCCUGCGGCCACCAGGCAUCUUUACAACUAACACAGGUCAUCCCGCCCCUCCACAAAACCCUUGCUGCCCCCUCCCCUGCCCCGAUGAAUUUUUGAAAUUGUCGCGCUUUUUGAUCCUCGAGGACCUCCAAAUGGAACCUACUUCAACAGCACUGCAGGACUUCUUUUCGUUGGACAAAAUAACGAACGCGACCGCCGAGGAAUGUUGCGAUCAUUUUGAGAUGACAUCCAGAGAGAAAAGGAUGAACGAAU